AUGCCGUCCCCGGUGUCCGUGGUCUGCGUGGGCAUGGCAGGCUCUGGAAAGACUACUUUCAUGCAGAGAAUCAACUCCCAUCUCCACGAAAAGAACACUGUUCCAUAUGUCCUCAACCUGGACCCCGCAGUGCACUCGGUGCCUUUCGACAGCAACAUCGACAUCCGUGAUUCGAUCAACUACAAAGAAGUCAUGAAGCAAUACAAUCUGGGCCCUAAUGGAGGCAUUUUGACAUCGUUGAAUCUGUUCGCCACAAAGGUCGACCAAAUCAUCUCUCUGUUGGAGAAGCGCACAGCCCCGAACCCCGAAAACCCUUCCGCAAAGCCAAUCGAACAUAUCCUGGUGGACACACCCGGUCAAAUCGAAGUUUUCGUCUGGAGUGCAUCCGGUAGCAUCCUUCUUGAGACCCUUGCAUCAUCCUUCCCCACGGUCAUUGCCUACGUUAUCGAUACACCCCGCGCGAGCUCUACUAGCACGUUUAUGAGUAACAUGCUUUACGCUUGCAGUAUCUUGUACAAGACUAAACUUCCCAUGAUCUUGGUCUUUAACAAGACCGAUGUCAAGGAUGCCGAGUUUGCCAAGGAAUGGAUGACCGACUUUGAUGCAUUCCAGCAGGCUUUGCGAGAGGAGGAAGAGUCCGGUGCAUUUGGAACAGAAGGCGGUGCCGGUGGCUUUGGCUCUGGCAGUGGAUAUAUGGGUUCCCUUCUGAACAGCAUGAGUCUGAUGCUGGAAGAGUUCUACCGCCACCUGAGCAUUGUCGGUGUUAGUUCGAUGACUGGCGACGGUAUUGACGAGUUCUUCGAGGCAGUUGAGACCAAACGACAGGAGUUCGAGCGCGAUUACAAGCCCGAAUUGGAGCGCAAGAAGAAAGAGCGGGAAGAACAGAAAGAAUCUCAGCGGGAGCUCGAGCUAGGAAAGCUCAUGAAAGACAUGAGUGUUUCUGGUUCAAGCAGACCCCCCAAGCCCACUCGUGCCGAGCCAGAGACUGUCAGUGAGGCUGAAGAUGAAGAAGAUGAGAUUAUCAAACGCGGUCUGGCCGAUGGGGAAGAUGACAGCGACUACGAGGACUACGUGGGCCCCCAUGCUGGCGAUGACGAGGGUCUCGCCGAACGUUACAAGGAGGCUCUCGCAGGUAGCCAGAGUGCUCCCACAGACCAGGAUAACAGCUUCACCAGAUAUCUCCGCGCAAGCAAUAUGCAACAGUGA